AUGAAUCAGGUUCCAUCUACUUACGAUUUUACUCAACUUCAGUUACUACCAUUUGUCACACUUCAAUUAGAAACAUUACUACCAUAUAUAGCAGAUCAUUCAAUACUUUAUCAUUUUCUUCGUAAACAAAUAAUGCGAUUUAAUCUCGAUAUUGAAUUGGAGAAGACAAAAAUCUUUGAACACGAACUUACAUUAUUUCUUGUGGUAUUAAAAUAUGAUUCGACUUUUAUCGAUGGUACUCAAUUAUACGAUCAAAUUCUUGUUCAUAUGCCACUACAAAACAAAUUUACUUUCAGUAUAAAUACUUGGGUUUGCAAUAAAUUUGUCGAUAUUACUCCUCCAUCGAACGACGAUAUUCGCCGUAGUUUUAUCGAAAGAAAAUAUCGACAAGUUGGUUUCUAUGCCAAUGAUAACCCACUGAAGUCUGCAGCUCGAUGCCAUAUUUGA